UUCGAAGUCGAGUUGUGGCUAUUUAUCCCGCCCUCUUCCGAACGGCCCUCUGAACCAAACCUCAGCCGACCCAUGACCAAACGACUUCUUGUGCACACCUCCAACCUCGACUCCGACUGGGGCCUCUUUUUCGAGUACCGACCUCCUGGCCUCGAGCCUGACACCCGACAGUUUCAAGGCGUCUCCGCUUGGCCUGGCCAGCUCGAGGCCACUCUGCGGCUGUGGUCUACAGCAAAGACAUCUGUAUUUGUCUCGACCCCCAUUAAGUCUGUGCGAUGGCAACAUGUUGGGCUGCGAUGGGUACAAAGUGUCGGCAAACUUCAGCUCUGGUUGAACGGAAGACUGGCUGAUGAGUCAAGUCUUUUGGACGUGAUCAGCGGACCAACUACUAAACCAAUGUCAACAAACGGGAAGUUACAGCCUAGUUACAAGUCUACGACAUCCAAGCAUUUAAGUCCUACACUACGAGCAAGUGCUAACGUUGUUCCCCCUCUUCGACACACACGAUUUGUCUACCUCGGCUCGAGUCCUGAAGGAGGCCCGUUUGUUUUUGCUGUUGCCGGAUAUCGGUUCCUGGGUCGAAGAGGAAUAGGCAAUUAUUCCUCAUCUGAAGUCCUGCUGGAUCCAGUGGGUUCGCCGGCAAUUAGGCUGAUUCUUGAUACUAGGGAAGACGUCUUCUUCUUCGAGGCAGGACGCAACAAAGCAAUCUCAUGCAAGUUAGUGUUGCCCGGAGCAACCGAGUCAACCAGGCCUAUUCCAGCCCCCGAGGUUUUAUACUUUUCAUUUGGUCUUCGAAUCACGGAUUACAGACUGGAUAGUAACCCAAUGAUGCUGCAAGUGCCAAUUAUUCUUCUGUUGAAUUACUCUAUUGGACUUGCUCGCAACAGCACAGGUGGGCUAAACCUUAAUGUAGUGGAUGUGAAAGAACACAGUUCAAGGACUAUAUGGCCAAAUUUUCACGAUGGCCUCAAUUUUAUUGAAAUGGACUUCUUUCACUGUGCAACAGACAAUGGAAAAUGGUGCUUCGAAGUGUUUGUGAAUCGAGUCCAGCUGACCUCUUGGCGACAAGUCCCUCCAGAAGAGAAGGUAGCGGUAGAAAAAGGUUUCCCCUUGACGAAAAGCUGGGACUCAGUGAUAUUAGGUGGUAUGGGUAUGGGCGGUAGUUUCCUGUAUCGACACUUCAGCAUACAAAGAGUCCUUGCAUUUACUGCAAGGAGGAAAGACUUGCUUGAGUAUUCUCUGAUUAAUGCAAAAAGCACUUUUACCUUUAGCAUGCUAAGCCAUAUUUGCCUAACAAUUCGACCUUUUGAUGGUAUACUUUUCCUUUACUUCAAUGCUCUUCGCCAGCAUGAGUCACUUAAAAAGCCGAUUCUUUCUUAA